CAUUGUAAUCAAAUUGGGGAGGAACGACGGACGACUCAAUGGCGGCCGACCCAAACUGCGCGGAUCCUGUAUGUCAUUCCAAGACCGACAUGUUCCGGACUGGUGUCUUGGGCAAGAAGAAGGUCAAGAAGGAAACGAACGCUGCUGCGAACACAUCUGCGGCUCCUGUGGAGUGCCCACUUGAUCGCGAAGAGUUGGGUCGUGCGACGUGGGGGUUGUUGCAUACCAUGGCAGCGUACUUUCCCGAGAAGCCAUCCGACGCGAUGAAGGCACAUGCGACGUCGUUCGUCCACGCGUUGGCCGACUUGUAUCCGUGCAAACAUUGCGCCGUGGACUUUCAAGAGUCGAUCGUGGCGAUUCCUCCUCGCGUGAACUCGCGCGUUGACUUUUCCUUGUGGAUGUGCGAGCAACACAACCGCGUGACGACCAAACUGGCCAAGAAGCCAUUCCCGUGCACCAUGGACGCGCUGGACAAGCGGUGGAAGACGGGGGACCCCUCCUGCUCGGCCAAACGACAAGACGAAGCCACGAGCCAAGAGUCGCUCGGCCAAGACGCCGACGACGAGUAAACACCGCCAAGCCUUGACACAUAGCACAAAUUAACAUACUGACGUGCUGCUGCUGCUAUGGUUGUUGCAAUAUGAUAUUGCUGCUAGCGUUACACGUUUCAUCUACCUCGUAGUAUACUAGUAUGUUAAAAUAGUUCCCUUGUACAUAUGCCAUACGCACACAAGAAG